GUGAGGGGAGCGGUGGGGACAAUGCCCCGAGGUAGCGCCGGGAUGGGGAAGCGCAGAACCCACCCCACAGGCGACAGGAAAUUCCGUGCGCCCAAAGCCAAGCGGAUCCUUCAGGAAGCACCAGGGGCUGCCGGCUCAGCCGUGCCCGUUCCUCCCCAGAGCAGUGACCCUAAUGAAGAUCCUGCAGGGAUGGAGCCCCUGGCCAGCAGCAAGAACAGCAGCGGCGAGGCGGAUCUCGACAGAAUCCUUGUGGCAGAGGAUGGACCCCGAUCCCCACAGGGAGGGAGAGACAAGGAGAUUGGAGGGAGCAGAGCACUGGGAUCACCGAAACAGGGCAUUUCCCAGGAGAUGGAAGAGAAUCAUCUGGAAUUGCCCCAGCUGGGAAUUUUUGAAGCGGAUGGGACAGGAAAGGAUGAGCUGGAGUCACCAAAACCAGGAAUUUUGGAUGGGACAGGAGAGAUUUGUCCAGAAUCAUCAAAACUGGCAAUUUUGGAGGCGGAUGGGGCAGGAGAGGAGCUCCCAGAGUCAGUGAAACUGGAAAUUUGGGAUGGAAUGGGACAGAAUCAUCUGGAAUCAUCUCAGCUGGGGAUCUCGGAGGGAGAUGGAGAAGGAGAGGAGCAGCUGGAGCCACCUCAAUUGAGAAUUCCAGAGGCAGAUGGGGCAGGAGAGGAACCCCCAGAGUCAGUGAAACUGGAAAUUCUGGAUGGAACAGGAGAGGAUCAGCUGGAAUCAUCCAAACCAGGAAUUUCGGGGGUGGUCGAGGCAGCAGAGGAGCAUCUGGAAGCACCAACACACGGAAUUUCAGAUGGGGCAGGAGAGGAGCACCCAGAGUCAGUGAAACCAGGAGUUUCAGAGGCAGAUGGGGAAAGAGAGGAGCAGCUGGAGCCGCUGAAACAGGGAAUUUGGGAUGGGGCAGGAGAGAACCACCUGGAAUCACCAAAAGGAGGGGGUUCUGGAGCUCAGGGAUCCAGCCCUGAGCACACGGUGACGGACAUGGUGACAGACACAGAGGUGCUGCAGGCAGGGGAAGGAGGUGCCCUGGAGCAGGGAUGUGGCACUGGGGUUGCCCCGAGCGUGGACACGGGGUCCCCAGAUCCUCCCAGAGAUCCUCAGAGCCAUGGAGGGGACGCAGAGAGCAGGAAUUCCUCGAGUGGCAAUCCCGGUGUGGCAACAGCAGUUCUGGAUGCAUCAGGCACCAGCGGCGAGCGCCAGGAGCAGCGGGAAGGGACCAGCCCAGAGCUCCCAGCAGAGAAGCCGUGGGACACUGCAGGCCAGACCCACACCGGAUCCACGGGGCACAGCCCAGCACAGCCAUGGGAAAGCGCCAGAGCCGCAGAGCCGGCGGAUGCCAGUGACAUCGUCCACGGGCUGAUCCGGGAGCUCUCAGACCUCAACCGCCUGGCCAUGGGCGCCCGCCGGGGACUGGAGCUGCUCCGCAGGCCAAAGCCACGGCGAGGCCGGAGGCCAGUGCCCAGCGGAACCCACUGGAAAGAGGGGUAGGGACAUCAGGAAUGACCUCCAUUUAUUUAUUCCAGUUAUUGAUGGGAGCAGUGGGAAUAAACCACCCUUAUCAGCGCUGACUGCUGGGCUCUUCCCGCCGUCACGGGUGAACAAAUCCCACCAAUCCCACCCAAAACACUAAGUGACAGCUCUGGUGCUGGGAUAAAGGCUCCAACACGUGGAGCACUGACUCCUCCCAGCCCCUUCCCAGCCUGGGAUUAACCAAAACUCAACUCAGAACAUCCAGUAACAACUCCAGCAGCAGGAGCACUGCCCCUUCCCAGCCUGGGCUUAACCAAAAUUUAACAAUCUGACCCAGAACAGCUGCAGCACCUGGAGCACCAGCGCCUUCCCAGUCCCUUUCCAGCCUGGGAUUAACCAAAACAACUCAGAACAUCCAGUAACAGCUCCAGCAGCUGGAGCACCAGCACCUUCCCAGUCCCUUUCCAGCCUGGGAUUAACCAAAACUCAACUCAGAACAUCCAGUAACAGCUCCACCACUUGGAGCACCAGACCCUUCCCAGCCUGGGAUUAACCAGAACUCAACAAUCUGACCCAGAACAGCUGCAGCAUCUGGAGCACCAGCCCCUUCCCAGUCCCUUUCCAGCCUGGGAUUAACCAAAACAACUCAGAACAUCCAGUAACAGCUCCAGCAGCUGGAGCACCAGCACCUUCCCAGUCCCUUUCCAGCCUGGGAUUAACCAAAACAACUCAGAACAUCCAGUAACAGCUCCAGCAGCUGGAGCACCAGCACCUUCCCAGUCCCUUUCCAGCCUGGGAUUAACCAAAACAACUCAGAACAUCCAGUAACAGCUCCAGCAGCUGGAGCACCAGCACCUUCCCAGUCCCUUUCCAGCCUGGGAUUAACCAAAACAACUCAGAACAUCCAGUAACAGCUCCAGCAGCUGGAGCACCAGCACCUUCCCAGUCCCUUUCCAGCCUGGGAUUAACCAAAACAACUCAGAACAUCCAGUAACAGCUCCAGCAGCUGGAGCACCAGCACCUUCCCAGUCCCUUUCCAGCCUGGGAUUAACCAAAACAACUCAGAACAUCCAGUAACAGCUCCAGCAGCUGGAGCACCAGCACCUUCCCAGUCCCUUUCCAGCCUGGGAUUAACCAAAACAACUCAGAACAUCCAGUAACAGCUCCAGCAGCUGGAGCACCAGCACCUUCCCAGUCCCUUUCCAGCCUGGGAUUAACCAAAACAACUCAGAACAUCCAGUAACAGCUCCAGCAGCUGGAGCACCAGCACCUUCCCAGUCCCUUUCCAGCCUGGGAUUAACCAAAACAACUCAGAACAUCCAGUAACAGCUCCAACACCUGGAGCACUGGCCCCUUCCCAGUCCCUCUCCGGCCUGGGAUUAACCAAAACAACUCAGAACAUCCAGUAACAGCUCCAACACCUGGAGCACUGGCCCCUUCCCAGUCCCUCUCCGGCCUGGGAUUAACCAAAACAACUCAGAACAUCCAGUAACAGCUCCAACACCUGGAGCACUGGCCCCUUCCCAGUCCCUCUCCGGCCUGGGAUUAACCAAAACAACUCAGAACAUCCAGUAACAGCUCCAACACCUGGAGCACUGGCCCCUUCCCAGUCCCUCUCCGGCCUGGGAUUAACCAAAACAACUCAGAACAUCCAGUAACAGCUCCAACACCUGGAGCACUGGCCCCUUCCCAGUCCCUCUCCGGCCUGGGAUUAACCAAAACAACUCAGAACAUCCAGUAACAGCUCCAACACCUGGAGCACUGGCCCCUUCCCAGUCCCUCUCCGGCCUGGGAUUAACCAAAACAACUCAGAACAUCCAGUAACAGCUC